AUGUCUCUUCCUGUUCCCCCAGAGCUUCCUCAGCGUACGGAAAUGCGCAAAGCCCUACAUAGCCUCAUCAACCAUAUUGCCUCCCUAUCUCCCGUUGAUGAGAUCAAAAUACCCUCGAAGAUCGACCAGCUUCGAUUUGAGCCUAUGGUCCUGGAUGAAAAUUCCGAAAAUAGGCCAUCCUUCUUGGCUCCACUGCCUGCAUCCCUCUUGAUUGAUCCAGAUGAGCAUCACGACAGGAAAUAUGGCAUGGAAUACGUUACCUUCGAUUCUUUGCCCGAAGAUUCGAAUGACCCGAAGAUCUGCGCACGCGCGAUUGACAAUUACUUCUCUCAUUAUGCCUGGCAUUGUUCCUAUGACAUUCCUAAGGAAGACCUCGUCUGGUCUUCAGUGAACGUUGGUGAGGGCCCCUAUGUCAACCUAUAUCGAUAUGAGUAUCCUGAGUUUGGACCAACAUGGGUUGAACAGGUCCAAAAGGGACCUUAUUCACACGCGAACGCCACAAUCUACAACGACCUGAAUGCCAAUGAUGGGAGUAUCCUCCAGGGCGAGCUGCUUUUCGCCUUACGUCUCAUCAUGGCCCAAAUGCGAAGGGCCCGCUUCAUCGAUCAUAUGGUAACACCCAUUAUCGUCUUUUCAUUCAUGGGCCCUCAGCAUGCUCGCGUUAUUGAAGCCUACAUGGAUGGCCAUACUGUCGUGGUACGCCCUACCAAGCUGUAUGACCUUCGUACCAAAGACGAGGCAGCCUUGAAGACAUUGGCUCAGUGGUACUUUUCAAAGCCACUUAAGCCCACGGGAUCUUCCCAGUAG